GCAGGAGACUGGCCCUCGAGGCCUGGAGUUGCCCACCCCUGCUUUAGAUAUUAAUUCCUCCUAUAAGCAGCCCUGGUGUUCUCUUUCCACCUGUAUUGUUAUGGUGGGUUUGUGUUGGAGAUGUUAAUGACCCAUGUGUUUACUUAAAACUUGAAAUUUAUUGUUUCAAACCAAAAUAGCCUGCCAGCGAAUUUCCCAAGUUUCCAGCCAGCCUUGUUGCGAGUCCCUGCAACGAGGGACUCCCUAGCCCUGGAGAUUGGCCAUAAAGGCUGGCCAAUCUCCAGCCAGCCUUUAUGGGUCCCUGUGAAUUCUCCUUCAUUGCCUUCCAAGGCCUCAGCUCCCUUGUCGCCUAUGUUCAAGACCUUAUUUCCCUCGUCACCUACGUCCAAGGCCUUAACUCCCGCGUCAGCGGUCCCCGAGGUUCUUGCACCGCCUUUGGCGGCUGGACAUUGUACUCUCUUUAUCAUGAACUCUAGUUUUGUUUUUGUUUUGUUUCCAGUCCUCCUUCCGAGGCUCCCUCGGCCCAUCCUGGGUCGGUUGUUUUUGGUUUUGUUUUGUGGACCACACUUGUGCAGAGCACAUAGCAUAGAAAUAGAUUCAAUAGAUUGGCCUUAUGCAUCGGCUCAGUGCAUCACCAGUUUGAACAUGGCUUUAAUAGUGAAGUUGUCGUUUCUUUUACAGGUGAUUGAAGGGACUGCAAAUGCUGGGAAAGAUUUCCGUACAAAUCCUUCCUCCCUGAUCCAGUUUGAUCCAGGAGUGGCAAAGCGAAGUUGGCAAACUGAGAUAGUUGAAGACCACAUUGAGGAGGCCGAUGAAAAGUUUGAGGUGUUGCUAGUUUCUCCUGAAGCCACAGUAAUUGGUAGAAUCAGCAAGGCUGAACUCACAAUCAGAGAUUCAGGAAAUGGACAGUGCUGGCCAAAUCAGGAUCAACAAGCUCCUCUUCUAGGAGGAAAAGAGAUUCGAUCAGAUACAUAUCCCCAGCAUGGAUCCAUUCGUCUGGAGAAACUUCCUCUUGCUACACAAUCCGUCAUAUGGGGCAGAGGAGACAGCAUCUCAUCACCACGAGAACAUCUCCCUAAGAAGAUACUCAGAAUUGUGAGCAAUCGCAAAUCUAUUGCCCCUUCAUCGGUGUUCCACAAUGGGACAGAUGUCGUUUACACAUAUCAUGGAAUUAUGCAAAUGCAAGUAGAGGAUGAAAUGUCCCCCUCUAGAAAGAGCAGGAAAGCAAACAUUCGGGUGGUUAGCAGGGAACCACAACACCAAGUACCUGGACUUCUUACUGAAGCAAAGUCCAACACUCCAAAAGAUGAACUGAAAGCACAAAUGAAAGAGCAAGCAGGAGAACAUAUGUGUCCUCAGGGCUGGACUUUUAAAGGAGGACAUUGUUACAUCGUCAGCACUAAGCCCAAGCUCACAUGGAGUGCAGCUAACAGGACCUGCAGAGAAAGGUUCAUGGGAAGUCUUGCAAGUGUUCUGUCUAAAUCUGACAUGGACUGGUUGUGGGACUUCAGUGGAAGAAAGCCUUUCUGGAUAGGUCUGAACAGCAGGGAGGCUGAAGGAUGGUGGGAGUGGGCGGGCGGUGAGCCUGUCAGCUAUACUAACUGGAGGAAGACCCCCCCUCGCUCCAAAAUGAAGAGAAACAGGAAGUGUGUGCUGGUGUGGAGAAACGCCAAGUGGCAAAUUAGAGACUGCAAGAGGAGCAGAGCUCAUCCUUUUGUGUGCUCAGUUAAACUUUGAGGACGACUUGCAGCAGCAAGAUAAGCUGCUACUGAUGCUCAGGAAAUAACCUGUCAUCGAGGACCACUGGGGUCUUUUUUUAUGGCCUACUUUUAUGAUUUUAUGAUUUAUUGUAGCUCUAAAGCAAUUUUAGAACACUGUGCUUUAUUUAACCAAUGAAAGUACUAAAGUUUUUAAUGACUUUUUGUUUUUUAAUGGUGUGAAAACAGUUGGAAUUUUUUCCACACAUACUGCACCAGAACAUUUUAUCUCUGUGAACAUUUUUUAUUUUUCAUAUUUUACUUUUAUUUUGUAUAUAUUCUUGACUUCAUCUGAGUUUAAUUGUGUUUCCACAGUUAUGAACUGUAAUUUAAUGGUCAAAUUCUUUACUUUUGUUCCAUUAAAAUGGCCAACUGAAAAUAACUCAAAUUGUACUUUUACUGUACAUAUGAGCAGAAUUUGGAGAAUUGCCACCAAAGAGUUCCUUUUAAAGUCGUUCAUGUCAAGUCUGUUUAAUUGAUUCUCUGUUGCUGUCCAAGCCCAGGCUGUGUUAUUUAGAUCAGGGCCAGAGGGUUUGAACCACAUGGGUAAACAGUAAUGUGAUUAUCUCCAUCAUGUGAUCUGAUCUCCCAGCAGAGCAUGAAAGAAACCAUUUUAUGCAGGCUGAGAGCCGUUCUCAGGGUUUCUCAGGCACUGAACAGAUCCAGCAUGUCGUCCUCGGCUCGGUGAGUCCACACAAAACUGACAAAAUACGUUUAAAUACUUGGUUUAAAUUUAAAGCAUUUAAAUAAUUGAAAUAGUUUUUUGUGCCAUAAAUAAGAUAAAAAACCUAAUACAUAUUUUUAAAUGAUAUUUUGUGCUAACUGAUAUUUGAAUAAUAUUAACACCGGUACAUCUACAUCUAAUCCUAUGAUGUCUUGUCUUGAAUAAGACUGGAAAUCCUUAAUGAUCUGAAUGUAAAGUAAAUAUUAAGUCAAAGCUGCAAAUGGAUUUUCUAGAUAUUUUGCUUUUUUCUUUGAGAUACUGAAACUUGUUUUUGAUUGAAUAAAAAAAUAAAUGCAUUUGA